AUGGGAUUUGUAGGAGGAAGGAGGGCAUUUGGUCAAUAUCGGUUCUACUUGAAAGUGGUGUCGCCAAACCCGCCUCGAGAUGGACGCGAUUCGAUUCCUCACCACACAAGUGGUCUGCACGGAAGGUGGCGUAGCAAGGAGUUGGCCAACUGCCGACACAUCCUCGGUCGCCCUUCUGUCCACCACUAUCUGCUUGUCUUACAGUCUGUGGUAGGUGUCCUGGUGACGGUCUGCAGCCUGACGGUUCUCUUAUCUGCAUCCAUUGUCUGUCCGCUGCCCACAGACGUUGAGCGCGCACAAAUGCUGGAGGCGCAUUUGGUAGUGCGAGAAAAGGUGUACCCGCCCGCCAGCAAUAUGUUACUCAUGGAGUACUCUAGCGAGUUGGAAGCACUGGCCGACAGAUGGGCAAGUCGGUGCAAAUUCGAGCAUCCGGAUGACAGGUACUAUCCAGAAUACAAGGGACUUGGACAAAAUAUCGCACUUGUCGGCGGUGCAAAGCCGUCUUUCACUGAAGCCGUGUGUGGGUGGAAGGACGAAGUGAAGGACUACGACUACUUUAGUGGUACAUGCAACGGUGUCUGUGGUCACUAUACGCAGAUGGUAUGGGCAAGUUCGAAUCUGGUGGGUUGUGCCAUGCGGCAAUGCGACUACAUGGAGCCUUCGUGGAGCAAUCCACAAUACUUCACUGUGUGUCAAUACAAGCCAGCGGGCAACAUAUAUGGCGAAAAGCCGUACGAGUAUGGCGCCAGUUGCAGCAAGUGCCCGGACGGAUACUCCUGUUUCCGCAACCAGUGCAUCAAGCGUCCCACAUGCAAGAAUGUACAGCCGACAAUGCGAUUGAAGAAGCCUGAGGACAGGGUGCUGCCCGAAUGCAAGGUGUUCACUAAAUGA